CUUUUGAUAGAUUGACUUUUUUCUUUUUGGUUUUGGUGUCUUUUUGAUUUGUGGCUUUACUUGAAUUACCGCACCGGAGUAAGAUUAAAUUGUACCAAUGAAAUCUGCAAGAGAAUAUAACUCCGGCUACAGUGAUGAUGGAUAUGAAGCUACGGACUGGGAUGAUUAUGGCGCCGACUCAAAUGCCAGUAACACAAGGAAUGACCGUUACAGUAAUGCAUAUGGUGAAUACCGAGGAGGUUAUGGACCCAUGAAUAGUGCAAGUAUUGGAGAUGGAUUUGGACCAAUGAACAAUUUUGGAUAUGGACCAACAAAUCUUGUUAGUUAUCCACCACCUAACUUGAUGGGCCUAAGUCCCUUUGGGCCUGGUCCUAGGCCCUGGUUCAAACAAGAAGAUAAUUAUAUGAUGGGCAGAGGUUACGGUCCUCAAGGUCCCGUCAGACAAAGAAGAAAUAAUGAUAAAACAAUCAAAUUUCUGUUAAGAUGUGGGGUACCGAAGGAAAAUUUAAGAAAUCUGCCGAAAUCAUUGCUAGAAUUGAUGACCGAAGAAAGUUGCGGAUUGUGUGGUCAGACUUUCAACGCAUAUGCUAUGGCUCGCAUCCAUUAUAUUUCUAAAAACCAUCACAAGAAUCAUAAAAAAUGGUUAACUCAACAUUCGGAAGGUGGAUUACAAGCCAAUGCUGAGGUUCCUUUUAAAGCGCGUGAACUGUAUUGUGAAAUAUGUGAUGUUCAUAUCACAUCUAAAGCUCAUGCCGAAUCUCAUUAUGCCGGGAAACCGCAUCGGGCUAUCGUGGAGGGUCGAAAGAUGCCUCGGAAUCCAAUUUUACUCCAAGAACACAUGGCGUCGCGCUUGGAGCAGCUUAUUCGGCGCGAGAAGAAAAAUUUAAAAGCAGUCGAAAGUGAUAAUGUCAAAGAUAAGGAAACAGCGAAAAACAGCAAGUUAACACAGCCUGAGUUGUACUGCCAGAUAUGCAAGACCUCCGUAACAUGCUCUGAGCAAAUGACCAUGCAUUUAAAUGGUAAACGUCAUUUGGCAAAAGAAAAGCAACAUAUCCUGCAAAUGAUGAAAGGUGAUUCUAAAGACGAUGGCAAAGAGAAGAGCAAUGAAAGUGGUGCAGAAGGUGAUAAAGAAGGUGAUGAUGAAAAUUGCAAUGCUGAUGAUGAUGUUGAAGAAGAAAAUAGUGUUGGUGAUGAGGAGCAAGGAGAUGGCCAGAAAGGUGAAGAUGGCGAUUGGGGAAAUGGUAGUGGUGAUUGGGAUGAACCCGAAACCCAGUGGUAAUUGAAGCAAUAUAUUAAUUGUACUAAAGUUAAAUGUAAUCCAGACAAAAGUGCACAUUGAAGAACUUUGU